AGCCCUAUAUGUAGUUUACACACAUAGCUUGACCACAGUUUCCGAACAGAUGAUACACAGACGGACACGUUACACUGCAGCCCACGUGAUUCCUGUGCAUGAUUAUGGACGGAAGCUGUUGAAAAAAAGGACAAAUGGCAGAGAGCACACGCCCCGGUGCUGGUUUUCAGUUGAGUUCAGCGGACCAGGGAACCCAGCACAGUGGCCUCAAGAGCAAGGUAUUCACCCAUGGAGGUGGCACCGGGGGAAGCAUGGAUGGUGAGGUUGGAACAGGUCAUUCAGGCCAGCCACAGGUACCAGGUAGGCGUCACUGGGAUCCAGGGAGUGCCAGGACACAAAGAAACAAGAAGAUAAUUCCUGCCGACCACUGUGUCUGCCAUGAUGACAGUAACACCAGCAUUCAGGGGUUGGAGCCAAAGCACAGCAUUGCUGAUCAUCCCAUGGCAUCUCUCACACUGGUGGACAGGAGAGUUGUUCUGAGUGGUCUGUCUGGUGGAGGGUGGGGCUCGGCCGGAAACACCAUCCUAGGACCAGAACUGUUUCUGACCGGGUCUGGGUUUGAACCAGUCUCUGGGUCAGCAGAGUUGGAGGGUCAUCACAUCAUUGUGGCUGACACUCCAGGAGUCACAGACAGAGAUACAGAUGGAUGUCAGUUGGGUCAACGAUUCAGAAUCUAUGGGAGACCUGCUGAGACUGGACCUGGACCUGAACCCAGCUGUGUUUCCUUAAAGAGUGACCAGUCCAAAGAUUUUCCCAUUACCUUUAGAGGACAACAUCCCUCUACUGCAGAGAGAAUCUAUGGGAGACCUGCUGAACCUGGACCUGGACCUGAACCCAGCUGUGUUUCCUUAAAGAGUGACCAGUCCAAAGAUUUUCCCAUUACCUUUAGAGGACAACAUCCCUCUACUGCAGAGAGAGUUGAUCAGGAAAGCUCUGAGCUUCCCAGUGGUCAGUCUUCCCAGCAGCAUCAAAUACAGCUGGACUCCAUAUUUAUGGAGGACACUCUUACACUCAACUCAGCACAGGGACACUGA